AUGGUUACCAAGACAAAAAUGAUACCGAAGAACGAAGAUAAUUUAAUGAUCAAUACUCGAAUAAUGAAAAUAACUGGAUUAUACUAUUUAUUGGAUUCGCGGAGUCCAAAAAUCUUUGGUCACAACGUGUUCAAAUGCAUAUCCAUAGUUCAAAUGUCGAUCCUGUCAAUAUCGUUGGUUUCGGCUAUCGUAACUAUUAUAAAAUUUUUUUUGGGCGACAUCAAUUCAAUAAUGCAGAUUUCGAUGUUAAUACCAUCCGGUGUACUCUCGAUUGUAAAACUUUAUAGUACUGUCGUAAAUUCAGAUACAAUAUGGAACUGUAUACAGAUGACAUCUGUUGACGACUUGUCUUAUAAGUAUCAUAAUAGACGUAUACUUAAAGAUGGCCAAUUGAAGUCCAAAUCGUAUACUUUACUAAUUAUGUUUAUGUGGUUAAAUCUCACAAUAUUUUGGGGAUUUUCUCCUUUGUUUAUCACAAACGCUUUUUUGGAAAUAAAAAUCAAAAACAAGAUUAGCCGUUUCCGCUUCAACAUAUUAAAUUUCAUAUUUCCUGACUCCGAUCAAUUUUUCAACGACAAUUUCAUCAUUUAUUACUGUAUAGAAUUUAUUGUUCUGAUACUAUGGGGCCAUGGCACAAUGAAUUUCGAUAUACUAUUACUGUCGACAAAUAUUACGUUUAAGUAUCAAUUAAUAACUAUUGCAAAUUCUUUUAGUACAUUCAACAUUACACAUAAUGACGUUAAGAAUGAUUGCACAAAAAUUGUUAAACAUCAAAAAGAAUCAGAAUCGAUGUUUAAUUUCAAGAGUAUUAUUUACGAUCAACAGCGUGUCAUUAAAAACAUGAGAAAUAUUUACCGAAUAUUUCGACCUGUGGUACUCAUUCAACUAGCUUUUGAAUUUUUAAUUAUAAUUCUAGCAUCCUGUGUUGUAAUGAUGAACUAUUUUAAUAAUAUAUCAUUGAUGUCUGCGAAGAAUUUAAGACUAAUUACAGCGAUAUCGACGUUUUUAUUCCACGUUUAUGUUAUCUGCUACUUAUUUGACGAUGUUAACCUACAAAAAGAUUCGAUAAAUUUUGCUUUGUAUAGUAGUGAUUGGACGCAAAGCAAUUUACAGCAUCAAACUCUACUACUAAAUGCCAUGCAAAUUAAUAACGCCGAAAAUCUGAGACUACAAGUGACAACAAAUAAAAUAGUAAAUUUCAAAAUGUUUACUCAAUUCAUGCGGACAACGUAUUCAAUAUUAUCGGUGUUGGAAAAGAUUUGUGCAAAGGAGAUGUAGACCAUAUAAUUAUGACGAAACUUUAG